UCCAUUGCAUCUCAUUAUCUCUGACUUCAACCUCUCAGAAUCAAACCCUUCUCUUUCUCUCUUCACAUCUUCCUUUAUCAAUUCAUUGCCAGAACUAUAUAGGACUCUUCUUUCAUACUCUUUCUUUCUAUCUUCUUCAUUAAUGCACCCUUUUCUCAUUCUAUAACCAUACUCACUUACACCCACAACAUGGAAGAAGCUACCUCCAAUCAUGACUCUGAUCUUCCACCAGUCACACAUUCUUCUCCAAUCAUCUUCUUUGAUGGCAAAACACUAGCCAUGGAUGAGAUGGAUUUCUUUGCAAACAACAACAACAACAGAAAGAACAAAAAUGUAUUUCCCGAUGAUCACGAAAUGCUGCACCAAAUGGAGCUUCAUGUCGAUACUAGUUUAGAUCUCCUUACAAAGACUUCUCCUACCAAUAGAUCAACUGUGGGAGAAGGAUCAUCGGAAGCAAGGGGGAAUGAAAGAGAUAAUAAGUUUGCAGCUAUGCUAGCUGAAUUGCACCACAUGAAUGCUGAAAAUCAACGCUUGAGAGAUGAGGUUGAUAAGGUGAACGAUAAGUACCAUGCUUUACACAAUCAACUUAUCAAACAGAUAGAGAAACAACGUAAGAAUGAGGGUAAGAAAGCUGAUAUGAUUCCGAGGCCAUUCUUGGAUAUUGGAGUUGCUAUGAAGGAAGAGAAUUCGCAGCAAUAUUCGAAGGGAAAACUACAAGAGAGCAAAAACAAGAUCGACUUGAUUGAGAGCAAGAAACAGAAGAUUUACACUAAUAAAGAUGUUGCUGAGUUAGAGACAUCUGAGAAAGCUAUUCCAAGGUGGCUCUCAAACGAAGUCUCAAGAUCGAGUUCUUUCAAGGAUGUUGAUGAAGCGUCAGAAACCAUGUCAAUGAUCAAGAAAGCUCGUGUAUCAGUUCGAGCAAGAUCUGUUUCUUCUAUGAUUUCUGAUGGAUGUCAAUGGAGAAAGUAUGGGCAGAAGAUGGCUAAAGGGAACCCAUGUCCAAGAGCUUAUUAUCGUUGUUCAAUGGGGACUGGUUGCCCAGUUCGGAAACAAGUGCAAAGGAGUGCAGAAGAUCAAAGUGUGUUGAUCACAACAUAUGAAGGACAGCAUAAUCAUGUACUUCCUCCAGCUGCCAAACCAAUGGCAUCCACCACAUCUGCAGCUGCAUCAAUGCUUCUUUCAGGAUCAAUGCCAAGCUCAGAUGGCCUUCUACACCCAAACAUUUUAGAAAGUGCAACGCUUCCAUUUUCACAUAACUUAGCAACCCUCUCAGCUUCAGCUCCAUUUCCAACUAUCACUUUGGAUCUCACUCAAACUCCCACCAAUAAUAUUAAUACUUCCUCACAACAAGAUCCACCACAGGAUUACCAACUCAGCCUACUUUCCCCACUUUUGGCACCAAAUUUUUUUCACCAGAGUAAGCUUUCUACCUUACAUGCCUCUCAGGGAACAGAAACUGCUUCAUUUGCUGACACAGUAAAUGCAGCAACAGCUGCUAUAACCACAGACCCCAAGUUCAGUGCAGCUCUUAUGGCAGCCAUAACAUCUAUCAUUGGAAGUUCACAUCCAGUGGAGACUCAGCAUUGCAAUAACAAACAAGACUAGUUAAUUGCAACUGUUAGUGUUUUGGAACAAUGCAGUGGAUCAUUUUCAUAUUGUGCAAGGUAGAAAUUGAAUUUUAUGGCAUUGCUAUGCAUUUGAAAAAAUUGAUAAAAAAAGAAAAGGUGAGCAUUUCAUCAGAAGGCUAAUUAAUGAUUACUGAGACCUUGUCAGUCCAAGACCUAUGAAGCACUGCUGAAUGGCUUUUUGAAGAAAUCAUCUUUUAUGAAAAUCACUUUCUGAUGAUUGGCAAGUGUUCUGAUACUGCUCAUGCUCUCAACAUAUUCAAAGACACUUCUUUUUAGUCAUUAGAAAGGUGUCACAUUGACAUUCAGAAAAUUUUCUAAGUGAAAUAUCAGAGACAAGACUUUAAUGUACAAUUGACAUCUUCAAAUGUUCAAAUUGACUGUAAACUUCAACAGUCAAAUUUAGAUAUUUGUCAUGAGAGAAGAGUAUUGAUGUACUGUGAAUUGUACAAGAGAGUGACUUGAGGGAGGGUUGAAUAACUUUUUUGUUUUCUUAUGCCUUUUUCUGCACAAAAUAUUGGAAAUAAUUUCUGAUUUAGUUUUCUCAAGCUGAUUCUCUACAAUCAGAAGUUGAUUAGCAGCAAGAAAACCUUUCUUACACUUGAAUGAAAAUUAAUACAAGCAACUACAGUAAUUCUAAAUGUUGAUACA